AUGAAUAUGGUUUAUAGUUCAGUAAACAAACCGUUUAGUAGAUUUCAAUCACAGUGGGAAGAACUGACGAAAAUUGAUAUAAAUUCAGAGUCAGAUGAGGGUAGAAGAAGGAGACAAGAUAAAGUAGCAUCAAAUUUUAUAAGUUCUGAGAAAAAUCGACAAACUACUUCAGUUGUUUCAAAUUGGUUAACACUUCAGAAAGCUUUAGAAGCAUUAGAAGAAACUCGUACCGAGUGGAAACCAAUAUGGAUAUGCCUGUUGCUACAAAUCUUAAUCGGAAUUCAAUUUUCCAUCUUUGUGACAUCAAUGUGGCCAUAUCUAAAAUUGUUAGAGCCAACUGCAACAUUGAAUUUCUUUGGUUGGGUUAUGGCUGUAUUCAGUGUUGGACAAAUGAUUUCCAGUAAAAUAUUUGGUGAAUGGAAUCAGCAAACACUGUCUACUAAAUAUCCAGCACUUUGUGGCUUUUUGCUGAUGCUAUUUGGAAAUUUACUAUACGGAUUUUUACCAAUAAUUCCAACACGCCCACAGUGGUUCAUGCUAUUUUCUCGAAUCCUAGUCGGAUUAGGCUCAGGAAAUUUAUGUAUCCUGCGAGGUUACUGCUCUAUGGCAACAAAUAAAAAAGAUCUUGACCGAGUCAUGCCGCUUACCAUUGCCUCUCAUGUGCUCGGUCUUUCCUUAGGUCCUGCAGUUCAGGCUUUAUUUGUACCGCUUGGAAGCGGUUUGGAAUUCAAAUACAUUUUCCUGAACAUGUAUACAGCACCAGCGUUCCUUAUGGCUUUGCUUUCUUUAGUGUCUAUGUUGGUGUUGAUCUUCUGCUUCAAAGAAAACUAUGCUGGAAUUCUCACUAAGGAAAUAACUAAAGAUCCAUAUAUGGUUGUGCCAAAGUUUGAUAAAGCUGCAGCUAUGACCUGCAUUUACUUAUACUUCAUGUUUCAAGCAAUUACCGUCAGCCUCGAAGCAUUAUCCACUCCGUUUACAAUUUCACUGUACAACUGGACAAACAAACAAGCUAUAUUGUACACUGGUAUAAUGCAGUUUGUUGGAAGUGCUAUGGACUUAGUUAACUAUUUUUUUAUUACAUUUACAAAAGUUUACAAAUGGUUAGACAUAUCAAAACAUUCUUAUUGUUUUAUUUUAUUGCCACUCUUUAGAAUACAUUAUAUGUCACUACCUAGAAACAAAACAGAUGAAGAAAAAUUAAUAUUUUUUUCUAUUUUAAUGUUUUAUUUCUGCAUUUGCAAACUCUUUUUUCCUUUUUCCAGUGACAAACGUUUUAUGUUAGUUGCAAGUGCACUGUGCUUCAUUGCCUAUCAUUUGUUCACACUUCCAUGGCAAUUCUACGAUGGUCCUCUAGACUACAUAAGUAUUGCACCAAAUGCAACAGAAGAAGAUGGCGAUUAUUCCGGUGGUUGCCACAGAACUUAUGAGUGGUGUGCUUAUACAACUCGAGUGCCUCUUUGGCUCUUCAUCAUCGGAUACGUAUUUGUCCUCGCGUUCGCCUUCCCACUUACCGCAGCACCGCUCAGUAUUAUUUAUUCAGAAGUGUUAGGCCCCCGAAAACAGGGUUCAAUGCAGGGUACUAUGGAGUUUUUCGGCUCAUUUGCACGGUGUAUUGUACCUAUUAUUCAAGCAUUUUUUACCGUAGAUGAGGCGAACAAACUAAUCAUUUUUAGGACACUGUUCGAGCAUUCUGGAUUUAUAUGGCCAACAGUUAUGAAUUUGUUUGUAAGUAUAAUUGGAUUGACGUUUAUUGUAGUAUUCUUUCAUCGGAUUGUACCCUUGGAAAUUGUACCACAAGUUGGUGUACCAACCCGCUACAAAUCCGGUGUUUUCUACCGAUUAUGAAA